UUGGUUCACUUUUCGGAAGGAAAUAACGCAACGGAAACGGUUGAGAAAACAACAACAUCUGCUGUUAGUGAAGGUGUGUGUGUUGUGAGUGCAUGGAAGAAAUAUAUUAAAAAUUUUAGACAGGCAAGGAAGAGCCUUAUAAAUAUACCAUUCAAAUACUAACCGAAAGAAAAGUUUAAGUAUAAUGUCCUAAAAACUGUUAUUUCUUAAUGUUUUUGGUACAAUCAGAAUUUGCAAAGUUUCGUAUAUCUAUACAAAAAAAUAUCAAUUGUUAUUGGAAUAUAAGACUUUGGAUAAAAAAACUUUGUUGUUAAUUUAGUUGAGAGUUAAACAGUUUAUUAAGUGCCAUAAGCAAAAUUCAUCAAACUGCGUCAAUUUGAAGUAAAACAUGCUAUAUUUAUCUCUAAAUCAAAUAUGAAUCAUAAGUGAGUCAAAUUAAUACAGUUAUGAUUUCUUGGAACCUUAUUUGUUCAACAAAUUAAUACAGUUAUGAUUUCUUGGAACCUUAUUUGUUCAACAACGUUCCCCUAUAAAUAAUGUGUGGUGCGUAAGUCGCAGGUGUAAGCAAAUAAAGUGCUAAAAAGACAUAUUUACACAUGUACAUAUAUGCCUGUGUCCCAAAGGACGAGUUAUUAUUUUGAAAAACAUCAAAACACAUUCAUUGGUGUCGUUGAAACACAUAAACGCAAUUAAACGGGAAUGUAAAGUAUAAUGUCUAAAUGCACACAUUUACAUUACAGCAUGAAGCAAGUGUUAAUUAAAUAAAAUUAUGUAUAAUAAAUGUAUCUACAGCAGUUGGAGGGAUUUGCUUAUUACGAAUAAAGUUAUUUCACACUGUUACAUCUGAAUUUUCAUGUAAAUAUCACUUGUGGUUUCGUUUAACUAAUAAUUCGAGUCUUCCGUUGUAGCGUCGAAAUUUAUUCACGUAUUGAAGAAUCUGCAGUUACACAUUUAAUAUUUACAACCAAAUUUACAUAUAUACGUAUGUGCUUCAAUGCGUCUCCCGAACACAUCUGCAGCGAUGGAUGAUAAGCCUGCCGUUGCGAAAGUGAGCAAAAGGCGGAAAAGUUUUUUUAAUUAUGCAAUGACGACCAAGCGAUGGCACAGAAUCGCUUCAGCUACAUCAGUUGCCAACGAAACGGGCGAGGAUGUCGUCCUAUUCUUUAUGGUGAUCUUUAUUGCCAUGAUGACCAGUACAGUUGCUUCCAACUACUUUGACACUCAAGGGCCUAAUUUCUCGCAUGAGCCACCAUCGCGUAUUGAAUUCACUAACAAUGCUGGCAGCAUUGCCGAUUGUAUAGCCCACGGGAAUCCGCCGCCGAAUGUCGAAUGGUUGGAUAAGGAUAAUAAUCCCAUCACCUCAAUAUCAAAGGUACGCCACAUACUCGCCAACGGUUCGCUUUAUUUUCCGCCCUUCGAAGCGGAAGAGUUCAGACAAGAUGUCCACUGGUCGGUGUACCAUUGUGUGGCCAGUAAUGCUGUUGGUACAGUUGUUUCUCGGGAUGUUGUGGUCAAAGCAGUUGUAAAUCAACGCUAUGAACCGGAAGUUCAAAAUCCAGGCGGUUUUAUUGGCAGCAAUGUUUUAAUUAAAUGUAAUAUACCAUCAUUUGUAAAGGAGUAUGUAACGGUAACAUCAUGGCUACAAGAGCCAAAUUUCAAUAUAUAUCCAUCAUUAGAAGGAGAUGGUAAAAAUCACAUGUUACCGACCGGCGAACUUCUGGUGUACAACAUCACACGCACCGAUGCGCACAAAGUUUAUCGCUGCCGCACUCAUCACAAGUUAACGCAGGACUCCGUUGUGAGCAGCAAUAUGGGCAAAAUUCAAUUGACUGAAAUGCGUGAACUCGUGCCGCCCAUCAUGAAUGAGAAGACCACAAGCGUGGUGGCGCGUCUGGGCGAUCCCGUUGUAGUACCGUGCGUGGCCUAUGCCAACCCGAAGCCAGUUUAUCGCUGGCACACGAAACGGCCAAAUAAUGAGGAAUCCGUACAACAUUUGUUGGCGACAGGUCGUGCGAAAAUUAAGGAAGGCACACUAAUUAUAACCGCGGUCGAUCGGUCCGAUAGCGGCGCUUUCUUCUGCACAGCUACCAACUCGGAGGGUAGCGAAACUUUGGAAGUACAAAUUGCUGUUACAUCGCAACUCACUGCCAGCAUACAACCCACCAUACAGACGGUAAAUCUCGGCAAGACAGCAAACUUGAUUUGCAGCAUUUCGGGCUUUCCAAAACAAACUAUUAUAUGGCUGAAGGACGGUCAACCAUUACGUUCCGGUGCACGCGUUCGUUUACUUUCUACAGAGCAUAUACGCAUUACGUCAAUUACGAAAGAGGACAAGGGAAUGUAUCAGUGUAUUGUGAAAAAUGACUUGGAAUCAGCACAAGGUACGGCUGAGUUAAGACUUGGAGAGGUGGCACCACAACUCAUUUAUAAAUUCAUCGAACAAACUAUACAACCAGGACCAUCAGUAUCGCUGAAAUGUAGUGCCAGUGGCAACCCCACACCAAAAAUCGUUUGGCACUUAGAUGGAUUUCCACUGCCAAAUAACGACCGUCUCAUGAUUGGACAAUAUGUCACAAUGUUUGGCGAUGUUAUAAGCCAUGUCAACAUAUCUGCGGUGAAGUCAGAGGAUGGCGGUGAAUAUGAGUGCAAAGCGAUUUCGCGUGCAGGGGAAGCAUCACAUGCGGCACGUCUAAAUAUAUACGGUAUGCCAUAUGUGCGCAUGAUGCCGAAACUAUCUGCUGUGACCGAUAAAACAUUUUUUUUGAAUUGUCCAGUGGCGAGAUAUCCAAUCGACAGCAUCAUCAUAGAGAAAGGUUAA